UGUUAAGUAUUCAAACAGGACCAGAGACUAUUGAACUCUGACCCAGGUUCACAGUAAACUCCACCCCCGAGUCACCUGAUGACUAAAGUGCAUCUCAGUGCUGUAACUUUAAUAACUCUCCAGGACUCAUGUCUGUCUGACACAACGGAACACUGGGAUUUUAUUUAGAUUGUUCUGAAAUAUCAGGGUGUUAAACCAACCAAUAUAAGGUAAUAUCAUCAAAACUGUGACCUUUACGUGCAAUUAGACUUUUUUUUAAAACAAGUGCCUCUAUAAGACUAACUUUCAGAUAUCAUUCCAUGACAGGAAGUGACACAGUCACGUCUAGAUGGGAUAUAGCUUUUGUCCAAUUUACAUCAAAAGUAGAUGUUUUUGCAUUUUAGCUAAUCCUAACCCUUUUCCUAACCUUAACCUAACCUGCUACGUUAAUUUUCCUAACCUGCUGCAUAAGUUAUCCUAAACCUGCUAUGAAAAGUCAAUUUUUACAAAAGCUGUAUCCCUUCUAGACAAAAAAACAAGUGACACCGUGUGAGAAAAUGGCUUCUAGUUCGUCUCUCCCAGAGGAGGAUUUCUCCUGUACGGUGUGCCUAGACAUCUUCAACGAUCCUGUCAUGUUGUCAUGCAGCCACAGCUUCUGCCAAGCCUGUCUAAAGGAAUGCUGGAAAGACAAGGAAUCUCGGGAAUGUCCAGUUUGCAGGAGAAGAUCGUCUAAGGAUCAUCCCCAUUCAAACCUCUCUCUAAAGAACCUGUGUGAGGCCUUACAGGAAAGGAGACAGACAGAUCCGAAAAGUCCAACCACAGGGUCCAAGGUGCUCUGCAGUCUGCACAGUGAGAAAUUCAGGUUGUUCUGUCAGGAGGAUAAAGAGCCCAUCUGUUUGGUGUGUCAGGUCUCAAAGAAACAUAAAGCUCAUGACUGCAUCCCUGUAGAUGAGGCUGUACAGGAUCACAAGGUAGGAGAAAGGUUUUGAUAGAAAAUAGGUGAUAGAUCAAUACUAAAAAACUAUUGGAACGUGAAGUUAUCAAUGUUUUCUUUAUGAGUCUGCCUCAUUUAGAUAAUAGAUUGAUUUUCUACACAUUGUGUUGACUGAAUGAUUGUGAAUUUCAUUUUCUGAUACAUUUUAAGUACACUGCUCAAAAAAAUUAAGGGAACACUAAAAUAACACAUCCUAGAUCUGAAUGAAUGAAAUAAUCUUAUUAAAUACUUUUUUCUUUACAUAGUUGAAUGUGCUGACAACAAAAUCACACAAAAAUUAUCAAUGGAAAUCAAAUUUAUCAACCCAUGGAGGUCUGGAUUUGGAGUCACCCUCUAAAUUAAAGUGGAAAACCACACUACAGGCUGAUCCAACUUUGAUGUAAUGUCCUUAAAACAAGUCCAAAUUAGGCUCAGUAGUGUGUGUGGCCUCCACGUGCCUGUAUGACCUCCCUACAACGCCUGGGCAUGCUCCUGAUGAGGUGGCGGAUGGUCUCCUGAGGGAUCUCCUCCCAGACCUGGACUAAAGCAUCCGCCAACUCCUGGACAGUCUGUGGUGCAACGUGGCGUUGGUGGAUGGAGCGAGACAAGAUGUCCCAGAUGUGCUCAAUUGGAUUCAGGUCUGGGGGAUGGGCGGGCCAGUCCAUAGCAUCAAUGCCUUCCUCUUGCAGGAACUGCUGACACACUCCAGCCACAUGAGGUCUAGCAUUGUCUUGCAUUAGGAGGAACCCAGGUCCAACCGCACCAGCAUAUGGUCUCACAAGGGGUCUGAGGAUCUCAUCUCGGUACCUAAUGGCAGUCAGGCUACCUCUGGCGAGCACAUGGAGGGCAGUGCGGCCCCCCAAAAAAUGCCACCCCACACCAUGACUGACCCACCGCCAAACCGGUCAUGCUGGAGGAUGUUGGAGGCAGCCGAACGUUCUCCACGGCGUCUGCAGACUCUGUCACGUCUGUCACGUGCUCAGUGUGAACCUGCUUUAAUCUGUGAAGAGCACAGGGCGCCAGUGGCGAAUUUGCCAAUCUUGGUGGUCUCUGGCAAAUGCCAAACGUCCUGCAUGGUGUUGGGCUGUAAACACAACCCCCACCUGUGGACAUCGGGCCCUCAUACCACCCUCAUGGAGUCUGUUUCUGACCGUUUGAGCAGACACAUGCACAUUUGUGGCCUGCUGGAGGUCAUUUUGCAGGGCUCUGGCAGUGCUCCUCCUGCUCCUCCUUAUACAAAGGCGGAGGUAGCAGUCCUGCUGCUGGGUUGUUGCCCUCCUACGGCCUCCUCCACGUCUCCUGAUGUACUGGCCUGUCUCCUGGUAGCGCCUCCAUGCUCUGGACACUACGCUGACAGCAGCAAACCUUCUUGCCACAGCUCGCAUUGAUGUGCCAUCCUGGAUGAGCUGCACUACCUGAGCCACUUGUGUGGGUUGUAAACUCCAUCUCAUUCUACCACUAGAGUGAAAGCACCGCCAACAUUCAAAAGUGACCAAAACAUCAGCCAGGAAGCAUAGGAACUGAGAAGUGGUCUGUAAAACCAGUCCUUUAUUGGGGGUGUCUUGCUAAUUGCCUAUAAUUUCCAGCUGUUGUCUAUUCCAUUUGCACAACAGCAUGUGACAUGUAUUGUCAAUCAGUGUUGCUUCCUAAGUGGACAGUUUGAUUUCACAGAAGUGUGAUUGACUUGGAGUUACAUUGUGUUGUUUAAGUGUUCCCUUUAUGUUUUUGAGCAGUGUAGUUUUAGAGAUCCUGAGUGAAAAAUAGGUAUCUCUGUCAUUUAAUCUUAAAACAAGUAUAAAAAGUAUCUGCAGUGAUAGAGAUGUGUUGUACAGACAAACUCUCUCCUAUAAAGUGUGUCCAGAGGUUGUCUCCUCAGUGAGGUUCUGUCUCAUUCCAGGAGGAACUCCAGACUGACCUGAAGCCCUUACAGGAGAAGCUGAAGGUCUUUAAUGAAGUUAAACAAACCUGUGAUCAAACAGCAGGGCACAUUAAGGUUAGUAUAAACCAUGCUAAGUUGCAAUAGUACAGCAUAUAUUGUUUCAAUUGUAUCAUACAUGUAGGAUUUAAUUCUGAUAAUAAUUAUAAAACGAGAUAUUCUUCUCACUGUCUCCAGAGCCAGGCCCAGCACACGGAGAAGCGGAUUAAGAAGGAGUUUGAGAAACUUCACCAGUUUCUACGAGAGGAAGAGGAGGCCAGGAUAACUGCUCUGAAAGAGGAAGAGAAACAGAAGAGUCAGAAGAUGCAGGAGAAGAUUGAGCAGAUGAACAGAGAGAUUUCAUCACUUUCAGACACAAUCAGAGCCAUAGAGGAGGAUCUGAAAGAUGAAGACAUCUCAUUCCUGCAGGUAAGGACUGCUCUCUCUCAAACAUAGAUUAUAAAUUAACUCAAAGAUUGACAGAUUAAUCAAUGAUAUUGAUGACUAUAUACUCUACUUUCCAGAACUUCAAGACCAUGAAGGAAAGGUAAGUGAUCUGCUUCUCGUCUCUCGCUUCUCUGUGGUUGUGAACCCAACCCCACAGAAGUGCUGACUCCUGAAUGUUAUUCCAGAGCCCAGUGUACAAUGCCGGAUCCACAACUGGUGUCAGGGGCGCUGAUAGACGUGGCCAAACACCUGGGGAACCUGACGUUCAGAGUCUGGGAGAAGAUGCAUGGGAUCGUCAAACACAGUGAGUACUGGAUAGGAGAGGACAUGAUUGAUAAUAAUGUAAUAUAGAUUUUAAUUAAGUAUGCUAUUUUAAGUAGUAUUCUUAGUGUAUAUGAAAAAAGAAUACAUGGUAUAAUGUGUGGAAUAUCUCUGCCUUUGUUCUGAAGCUCCUGUGAUUCUGGACCCCAACACUGCAUCCCCCUGUCUCUCUCUGUCUGAUGAUCUGACCAGUGUGAGUAAGACUGGCCCAAAGCAGCAGCUCCCUGACAACCCAGAGAGAUUCACAAUGUACGCAUCUAUUCUGGGCUCUAAGGGGUUCAGCUCAGGUAAACACUGCUGGGAGGUGGAGGUGGGGGACCAUCCUUUCUGGGUUAUGGGCGUGGCUAAAGAGUCAGUUGACAAGAAAGGGGAGCAGAAUGCAUCACCAGAGUAUGGAAUCUGGGUUAUAGUGAAAAGGAGUGGUGAGUAUAGUAAUGUAAUGGGAGAGACCCUCCUCCUGAAGAGGAUACCCCAGAGGAUCAGAGUGCUGCUGGACUACGACCAGGGGGAGGUGUCCUUCUACGACUCCAAAGACAUGACACUCAUCUACACUCAUAAAGACACAUUCACUGAGAUGCUCUACCCAUACUUCUCUAUUGGAUCAUCUGGUGAUGCCAAAAGCACUGGUGUACAGAUCUGCCAAUCAUAGGUGUUUCUGACAGUGAAGUCAUCCCAAUGAGGUUGUGUGUGUGUGUGUGUGUCUGUGUCUCUCUCUCUCUCUCUCUCUGUGUGUGUGUGUGAGACCGAGAGAGAGAAACAUGAGUCAACUAUACUCAUACUUUUUAUUCUAAAUGUGCCUCAUCAGCAACUUGCAGCCUUUUUCCACAAAUUCUCUGUCAGUGAUGAACUAAUAUGGACAGGGCCGUAACUACAUAUGAGGACACCUAGGUCCGGACCUGUCAUUUUUUCUAAUGAAAAAACUUUUGGGGUCUCAACUUACUGUUGAGAGUUAGAAUAGUAGAAUACACAAGGUGACAUUUAGAAACUUACUGUAGUUGUGCAUCAGCAGUUUUCUUCCUGUUCUAUGUCACUCAAUUAGCCCGUGUCAGUUAAAAAUGUUUUGAUUGGUAAAUUAGUCUACUUAGUCUAGUCAGCUAUCUAAACUUGUUGACAUCAUGGCCGACUUGCUGACCGGGCACACAGGGCACGUGCCAAGGGGCCCUGUCCUACAGGGGGCCCCAAUUGAUUUUGCAGUCACUUUCACUCAGAUAUCAUAUUAACAUUGCAUAAUUCAUCGCUAAAUGUGUAGAAUUGCAGGAAAUGUGCUUUAAACUACCAAAAUGUCUCCCCAUCCCAUGGCAAAAUGUGUAGAGUUGCAGGAAAUUAGCUGUAAAACUACAAAAUAAUUGUUUUGUAAAGCAAACUUAUGUUUUCUUUUUGUUAAUAAAAAAUGUUUUAUGUUAACAGAUCCCUCUGUACAUAUUCAAUUUUAGUUUUUAAUCACAGUGCUUAGUUAACAUCUACUGGAGCAGUGUCCCGUAUACGGGACGGUUGAGCUAACGUGCGCUAAUGUGAUUAGCAUGGCUGUUGUAAGUAACAGCAAACUUUCCAGGACAUAGAUAUGUCUUAUAUGGGCAGAAAGCUUAAAUUAUUGUCAAUCUAAUUGCACUGUUCAAUUUACAGUAGCUAUUACCGUGAAAAAAAACAUGCUAUUGUUUGAGUGGAGUGCACAACAACAAAAAACGUAUCACGGCAACUGGUUUGAUACAUUCACCUCUGAAGGUAAAUAAUAUACUUACAUUCAGUAAUCUUGCUCUUAUUUAUCAUCCUAAGGGUCCCAGGGAUAAAAUGUAGCAUAGUUUUGUUUGAUAAAAUCCCUUUUUAUAUUCAAAUAUAGGAACUGGGUUCUACAGUUUGAACCCCUGCUGUCUCUGGCUCCACACUCAUCCCGCCCGGCCAUCUAGAUGUGUGAAAGUUAUUGUAUAAGCUAAUGAUCUAUCAUGUAUGACAUUCCUGGGUGUGUGUAAACUUACAUUUUGUAUUACCAUAUCAUUUUUGGUAUUCAUCCCCAUUGGCGUUUUUCCUAUUAUGUUGCAAUUUAACCUGUAAUUUAAAUAGAUUUUUAUUUUUAUUUCAUAUAAUGGACAUACACAAAAUAGUCCAAAUUGGUGAAGUGAAAUGUAAAAAAUAUUUAAAAAUAAAUAACAGAAAAGUGGUGAUUGCAUAUGUAUUCACCCCCUUUGCUAUGAAGCCCCUAAAUAAGAUCUGGUGCAACCAAUUACCUUCAGAAGUCACAUAAUUAGUCAAAUAAAGUCCACCUGUGUGCAAUCUAAGUGUCAAAUGAUCUGUCACAUGAUCUCAGUAUAUAUACACGUGUUCUGAAAGGCCCCAAAGUCUGCAACACCACCAAGCAAGUGGCACCAUGAAGACCAAGGAGCUCACCAAACAGGUCAGGGACAAAGUUGUGGAGACGUACAUAUCAGAGUUGAGUUAUAAAAAACUUUGAACAUUCCACCAUUAAAUCCAUUAUUAAAAAAUGGAAAAAAUAUGGCACCACAACAAACCUUCAAAGAGAGGGCCGCCCACCAAAACUCACGGACCAGGUAAGGAGGGCAUUAAUCAGAGAGGCAACAAAGAGACCAAAGAUAACCCUGAAGGAGCUGCAAAGCUCCACAGCGGAGAUUGGAGUAUCUGUCCAUAGGACCACUUUAAGCCGUACACUCCACAGAGCUGGGCUUUAUGGAAGAGUGGCCAGAAAAAAGCCAUCGCUUAAAGAACAAAAUAAGCAAACACAUUUGGUGUUCGCCAAAAGCCAUGUGGGAGACUCCCCAAACAUAUGGAAGAAGAUACUCUGGUCAGAUGACACCAAAAUUGAGCUUUUUGGCCAUCAAGGAAAACCCAACACCUCUCAUCACCCUGAGAACACCAUCCCAUGGUGGUGGCAGCAUCAUGCUGUGAGAUGUUUUUCAUCGGCAGGGACUGGGAAACUGGUCAGAAUUGAAGGAUUGAUGGACGGCGCUAAAUACAGGGAAAUUCUUGAGGGAAACCUGUUUCAGUCUUCCAGAGAUUUGAGACUGGGACAGAGGUUCAACUUCCAGCAGUACAAUGACCCUAAGCAUACUGCUAAAGCAACACUGAAGUGGUUUAAGGGGAAACAUUUGUAGAUCGACUGAGGUGAAUGAAGCUACAGCAACCAAUGUGAUAAUGGCUGGGUCUUUUUAAGUUGAUUUUGCUGUUCUCCAUAUAGCAUUUUCAAGUUUUUUAAUUGUAUAGAAAUGCAGUAAAUGUAAUGUAGAUUUUAAAAAAUGAGCAAAAAUAUCUGAGUCCCCCCUCCCUGCCCUGACCUCCAGGAGGCCCCCAUUGAUUUUGUUAGUCACUAUCACUCAGAUAUAAUUAUUAAUGUGACAUAAGUCAUGGGAAGAAUAGCAGGAAAUUAUCUGUAAAACUGCACAAACAAAAUGUGUAGGUCAACUGAUAGGGCAGCAGCAGCAGUAGACUGGUGACUCCAGGACCCAGAAACACAUUGGACAGGCAGGAGAAAGAGAACAUCAGCUUUAGAGGGGUCAGUACACUCUCCAUAGAUAAUCCUGUGUGCGUGUGUGUGUGUGUGUGUGUGUGUGUGUGUGUGUGUGUGUGUGUGUGUGUGUGUGUGUGUGUGUUAGUAAUAAGGGUGGUAUAGUGAAGUGUUACUUUGUCUCAGCUUCAAACCAAACAAAUGAAACUGUCCUUUAGAAUGGUGGGCCUCAUGAUUCACAGAUAUAAACCAGUGGGUGACGGCGUCGUCCCCCCAUUACUAAUAUGAUAAUAAUUAUAGUAUAUGUUCAUAAUAUGGUCAUUUAGCAGACACUUUUAUCCAUCCAGAGUGACAUAUGAAGGGCUCCAACCCACAGCCAUGGUGACCUAUUUCAGCCAUCACUACUGAAGUGGGGUAUGGAUGGAGUGCCAGAACUCCCAGCCUCAGCUCUCCACAAUGGGGUUUAUUUGAGUGAUGACGUCGGAUGGGUUUAGCUCAAAGGUUAAGUAGAAUGGACAUAACUCUAAAAUACACAGGGUUGUUCUCACCGUCUUUCUUUUGUUCUCUUUCUCAGGAUUUGUUAACUCC